GACUGCGCUAGUGAUUGACCUGCAGCCGCUCGCCCGGAGAGAGGUUAAUGGGAAGCUGGAAACAAAGGCCAUGCGAGGCCUCCUGUUGCUGCCUCUGCCCUCCUCUGCCGGCCCGUAGCGGCGGCGGCGGCUGCCGCCGAUCUGUCUUCCCAGGCGGCGGAGGGCGGAAUUCUGCGGGCGCUUCCUUAAGCGGCGGCGCCACCUUAAAGAGCCUGAUGACUUUUCUCGUUACAUUGUAGCAGCGGAAAGAAUGUCGGCGCGGGCCGUGGCUGACGUCAGAGGGGAGCAACGCAGAGCGGCGGUGUCGGCGGCGGCCAGCAGGCAGCAGCAGCAGCGGCGGCCCCGGCACGGCGGCGGUGGAGGAGGCGGCGGCGAGACCGGCCCCGCCAGCGCGACCCCCGCCAGCACGACCCCUGCCACCACCGCGGCAAUGGCGACCGUCGGGGAGCGCAGGUCCCUGCCUAGCCCGGAGGCGAUGCUGGGGCAGCCCUGGAGCCACUGGGUCGAUGCUGCUAAACUUCACGGGAACGACGGGGCAGCCUUGGAAGAAAGUUUCAAGGAAUAUGGGAAAAACCGCGAAGCAAUGCGACUCUGUAGAGAAGAUAUGCCAAUAUUUGGUCUUUGCCCAGCUCAUGAUGAUUUCUAUUUGGUGAUGUGUAACCACUGUAAUCAGGUCGUAAAACCACAGGCAUUUCAAUCACAUUAUGAAAGACGACACAGCUCCUCCAGCAAGCCACCCUUGACCCCCACUUCCUCUCCAGUAUUCUCCCUUUUUUCAUCUCUGUCUUCAAAAAGCAAAGGUAGCAGUGGAGGGGGGAGCAGUCGCUCAUCCAGUGGCGGAGGUACUGGUGCAUCUUCAUCGUCCAGCUCCAAGUUGUUGAAAUCACCCAAAGACAAGGUGCAAAUCAGUGGAAAUAAUAGGUCAAUGCAUCUGGUACAACAUAGCAAAGUUCCCCAUGACAAAAUCAUGACUGUCAAAGUGGAAAAAAUGCAUCCAAAGAUAGAUGGUGCACUAUUGAAACCUGCUGUUGGUCCAACCUGUUCUACUACUGUGAGCUCCUCAAUAAAACCUGGCCUUAAUUGUCCCUCAAUACCAAAGCCACCCUUGCCUUCCCCUGGACAGAUACUGAAUGGUAAAGGUCUCCUCCCUGUGCCUCCAUAUUUGGAAAAGAAACAAGAUGAGACUACAAACAAUAGGAAAUUUUUACACAAAAGAUUGUCAGAGAGAGAAUUUGAUCCUGAUAUCUACUGUGGCGUCGUUGACAUAGAAACCAAGAAACCCUGUACUAGGUCUUUGACAUGCAAGACACAUUCCCUAACCCAACGGAGAGCCGUACAAGGUCGAAGGAAACGAUUUGAUCUGUUACUAGCUGAGCACAAAAGUAAAACCAGGGAAAAAGAAUUACUCCGCCAUUUGGAUCAUCAUCAGCAGAUGCCCCCUCUCAGGGAACCACAUCCCUCACCUUCGAGAACUUCCCAGGAGCUGCACCAAAAUUCUCAUGGAGUUAAUCCUACAGAAUCAAAGCCUUUAGUACCUAAUAAACCCAAACCUCACACCCCCAGUCUUCCAAGGCCUCCAGGCUGUCCAGCCCAACACAGUGGGAAUGCCCCUAGUGAGUCUCCAUCAGUCCAUGAAUCUCCACACGCUCCCUUACCUACAGCUGAGCCAGCCUCUCGGUUAUCCAGCGAUGAGGGAGAAUGUGAUGAAAAAGAAGAACCUGUUGAAAAACUGGAUUGUCUUUAUUCCGAUCAUCAUCCUCAACCAGCUGCUUUUUGCACAUUUGGUAGUCGACAAAUUAGAAGAGGUUACUACGUGUUUGAUAAGCGGUGGAACCAUAUCCGAUGUGCACUUAAUGUCAUGGUGGAUAAGCAUCUUAACUCUCAGAUGUGGAAGAAAAUUCCUCCAGCGACAAGCAACACUGCAUCCAUACGUACCCCACACCGGACAAGCUCAGCGCCUGUGUCACAGUACAGCGCCAGCACGACAGGUUUUCUCUUACCCCCCACAGCGGUGUCCUCGCCAUUGCUUGUGUCUCCUUCCUGUUUAUCUCUGAGUGGGAAAUCGGUACCAUCCCAUGGGACUACACUCAAUGCCAACCCUGCUAGUUUUGGUGCAGCAGAACCUGCCUGCAGUAUGCAAUCAAGACAAGUGUCUUCAUCCCCUUCAACACCUCCAGUGCUUUCCUCAGUAUCGUCACCUCUGUCCAGCAAACCUCAGAAAUUGAAAUCCAGCAAGUCUUUUAAGCCUAAGGAACCUUCUGCUAGCAGCGCCAACUGUAACAGUACCAGUAGCAACAGCAGUGGCGGCAGCUCAGGAAAGAAGCGUAAAAACAAUUCUGCGCUGCCAGCACCUUCUUCUCAUUCCACAGAGUCCUUUAGGAAAAACUGUGUGGUGAACUCUGGAAACUCUGGGGCUUCUUAUCACUCGUCUGUGAUGUCUUCAACCCACAGUGUUGGCCUCAAUUGUAUGACUAGCAAAGCUAACUCAGUUAGCCUCAAACAUGACCAAUCAGGGAGGGGCCCUCCAACUGGGAGCCCUGCAGAAUCGAUAAAAAGAAUGAGCGUGAUGGUGAACAGCGGCGAUUCCACUCUCUCAUUGGGGCCGUUCAUUCACCAGUCCAGCGAACUGACUGUAAACUCGCACAGCGGGUUUUCACAUUCACACCCUUCCCUAGACAAACUCAUAGGAAAGAAAAGAAAGUGCUCGCCUGGUUCAAGCAGCAUAAACAGCAGCAGCAGCAAAGCAAACAAGGUUGCCAAAUUGCCCCCGGUGAACAACAUCCACACGAAACACACCGGUGCAAUCCCAGGGACGCAAGGACUGAUGAACAAUUCUAUCCUCCAUCAGCCAAAGGCACGUCCCUAACAGUUGACAGUACCACAGUAAGAGAAGAACUGGAUUAUUUUCACAACACGCGGGGGGAAAAAAUCUCCAUCUGGAAAUUCUGGACUCCACGAUGCCUUUUGAGUUCUCCCAGCUUCCCACGGUCCUCAGGUGUGGAAAUCUACUGGACUGUCACUCAGUCAAGGACUUUCCCUGAAGCCAUGUCUGUAGCAGUAAAGCUUGGAAACGGACACUGGAUUGCUGUUCAGCCACAGGAUUGUUCCUAUCAGUGUUACCAGUGGUGUGGACUGCUUGCUACAUCAUCUUGCCACUAUUUGAUCUAGAUUGGUUGGGCAAAAUAAUGUUUGGGAAAGAACGUUACGGUGGACUCGUUCAUUCGUUCGUUGGUUUCCCCGAUAGUGUCAUAUAGGCUUGAUUAACUGCCUACUUUGACACUGUCCAUUGAAAACCCUUCAAGAAGGGGGCACAAUGUGUUAGGCACAAUAAAAAAUAAGCCCUCCAGAAGGGAAUAUGGCUUUAGUGUUUUAUAGCAAUGUUCCUUGAUUGGAAUACAAAAAAAUAGCACAAUUUUGCCCAGCCUUUUGCAAGUAAUUUGGGAUAAGAAGCUGUCAGGAGUACUUUAAAAAAAAAACAACUAUGGCCAUCUCUCAGAAGAAAGCGCAUUUUAAAUGGAGAAAAAUUACAUGGUACAAAAAAUGUAUGGGUAUCGUGCACCAAGCGCAACUGCUCCAAAUCCUUUAUUUCAGUACAGCUUGCAUUGCAUUUUGAUACAAGCCCUGAAAUAUAUGGAGGUUGCACAGUGACAGUGUUUGGAGAAAGGCCGUGCCUGCUUGGUUUUAGGUAAAAUUGCUAAUUACUUUAGGUUAAAAAAGAAGUAAAAAAACCCAGAUGCAAAACUCUCAAAUCCCAAAAUGGUGAAUCACCUCUAAAACUAUUCCCAAAGAAGCUACUUCUUGACCUAUACUGUAUGCCAUAAGCCUUUUGUUGUUUUGGGGGGGGGGGCGGGGGGGAGAAAAUGCCAAUGUAACUUGGUUAUACUUUCCAAACUUUUUUUUUUAAAAAAAGCCCUUAAAACUGAAUCUCAAAUAUUUAGAACCUCUGAAUUUUCAGUGCUGUAUUCUGAAAAACUCUCCAGUAACUUGAUGCCUUCUUCACACAACCAAAUUAGUCCCCACCCCCAAAGGCCACAUUCAGAUUUUAUUGAUGACUGCGUGAGGUGCCAGUUCAGAUUUUGAUCUCAGUGUUAAAACUUCCCCUUGAUGUGUUGAUAUCCAGUAUCGUAAGUGCAGUUGUCUUGUGAACCUAAGGGGAGUUUUAAACCUGCCAUUCUAUCCUACGUGGUCACUUUUUCCUGUGAAAAAAAAUUAAGUAAAAUCCCCACAAGGGCUUUAAACAUUGUUAUUUGUUCUGGUUCUUUGUAAAAGUAGUGAAAUACUACAUAGAAUUUUACACAUUUUAUAAUGUGAAGGGAAGAGAAAGUAUAAACCCCAAAUAAUAGGACAUAAUCCAAGGGCAGCUCUCCUUUGGCAGCUCCAUAAAAAUGGCUAUUCAUUUUAAUGAGGCAUGUGGAAGACUCGAUGUAGACACCAUUUUCCCCUCAUGGUGACAGCAGAUUUCAGCAGUCAUCAAGAGAGGCUAGCUGUCUGAGAGGGCUAUCUUGCUAUGGAUUUUGCUGCACCCUACAGUUCAGCAAGCUCAGCUUCUCAAAAACGGUAGCUGCAAAAUGCAUUGCACAUGGAGACCCCAUCAGACCCCCUAGCUCCAUGUCAUUCGCACCAUUUGACAGCCACAGGGCCAAAAAGUUCAUUCAUUGAGUAAGAACACCUGGUUGUCUCAGUGAGGCUUGCACAGGAGAAGCUCUCAGUGGAAUGUGCCUGUAGACUUCUGCCUUAAAAGGGCAUCAGAUCUUGCUGAGAUGAGACAAUCUGAGCCUAUCAAAUUCAACACCCAGCCAGCCUCUUUCCCUAAAAUGGCGGUGCAUAGCACAUCAGGGAUUCUAAAGCAGCCACUAGCAACAGCUGUGCUUGGGGUUCUUUUUUACCUGUUGAGGUUUUCAAAUCAACAUUGAAUUUGCUACUGCAUUAUUUAAAAACACAGUGAAGCAACAAGACUCUAUGCAGACUACAAAGCCUUUUGUUUAAAAAAAAGAUCAUGUUUUUAAAGGUAAAGGAAAAAUACUUUGGAUUAUAAUUAUGCAAAUAUUUAAAAUGACUGCAUAGUGGGGGGGCUGCAUCAUGGGGGGGGUCUAAAUGACCCUUCCAUUAUAGAGGAUACUAUAAAAAUAUUUAAAACUUCUCAAUUGGCAUAUUUGGGAAAGGGGAGUGGUGGGGAGGGGGUGGGGACAACCAAAGUAACGUAUCUGCUCUGCAGAGAGGAAAGCGACGCUGGCUACAUCGCACGUGUUGGAUAUUUUUUCAAUCACAAGUGCAAUUUGGUUUUGAUAGAAUUGCCUUCAAAGGCUGACAAAUUUUUCGUAAGUUUAAACCUUAGUGGCUUUAAGUACUCAAACGUCCUCUCCAUUUUGUAACAUUUAUGUUGCUCUAAAAGCAUCAAAGCAAGUCCAGGUUUCUUGAAAAGCAUGCCGAUCUUUGUAGAAAAUUCAUCAGUUAACCACUGUGUUUAAGCUGAAAUGGGUUAUGGCAAAGGGCCCGAUUCCACGGUGAACGGCUUGCGAUGGAGACCAUGGUGAAAUGAACGGGAGCUUCAUGCAAGCUCGGCCAUGCUUUUGUGCAAGCCCCACUGUGCUCAGUGGGGCUUGUGCAAGAGGUAUUCCAGAGUGGAAUUGUGUGUCUGUCAGCUACAGCUCAUCCUUUUUCAAACUUACUAUGAAUAGAACCAGAGGACGUCUUAAUUUAUGCCUGCCCUCAACUGUAGACUUGCUUAAUUAUUGUGCAAACAAUAUUCCAUAUGGGGGCUUAGCAUUAAAUGGAAUGAUUGUUUUUGAAGCUUUUAAUGUCUGACAACAUUCUUACUGUAAAUAAUUAAGGAAAUUUCAAUUAAUUUAUCUUGCAAGAUUUGCAGUGGCUGGGUUGUUUCUAGAAAGAUUUUGGUAUUAAUUUAAGAGAUACAAUUUUUUAUAGUCUUUCCAGCUUCUCAUUAUGACUCCUGCAGUUUUCUUAACCUAAAAAAAAUGUUGCAAUGAUGAACAAAGAAUUAUACAAAAAUAAUGAAACCCAUACUUUUGUAACUUUAUUUUGGAAUUUCUUGUGCUAUUAUAAAUAUUGAAGUAUCCCUAUUUCAGAAGACAUAUUUUGUUAAUUGAUUGUACAUAUUUAAAUAUGUAUUUUUGCACAGGUCUUUUUUCUUAUAUCCAGUUUUGGUACAAUUGAAAUCAUCUAGUAUUUAUUAAUUAAAGAGAGGAAAAAAAGCAAAUACUUUUUUUAUAAUUUGAAGUGGUUCACUGCCAAGCCAAUUGCUAACAUGCCUCCUUUGCUGUUUUUAAGGGAUUCUUGUUUUGGGACUUGGGAGGGGGAGAGUUGUGUCCCUUUUUAUUGAUGUCUUGGGAGUUGUUGGAUUCAAAUGGAAGGCUCUGAUGUUGCGAUCCUGUGCCCACAAGGGGCCACCCCCUCUGGGGCAGAGAGGCUGUGUGAGGUUGGGUUGCAUAUCGUGGGCCUUGUCUGGUAUACACAGCAUUGCUUACAGUUGCUUGAAUCCCAGAAGACUACGUUUAGUUGUGACACACUGCUUCUUUUUUUUCUUUUAAACAUUUGUGAGAGUAUGUAUGUAUGUUUGUGUGCACGUGCACUUGCGUGCAUAUUUGUGAGAGUCUUUAUGUGGUUUAAAACUAAUGGAAAAACUGAAAGUGCCUGAUUUAUAUAUCUAGAUUUUAAGCUUGGACUGUUUUUUAGACAGCUUCUCCUUUAAAGACUUGAAUGUUCAGUUUUAAAAAAUUGGAGCUUGCUUUUCCCACCUACAUAUGACUUUAUUAAUGAGGGAGAGAGGAUGCAGGGGAAUGAAGUAAAAUCAGAAGAUCAAACUGAAGAGGUCUCCAGUUCACAAAUAAUGCCAAGGCUUCUAGAAUUAAGUUUUCAACCUGUAAAUCUGAAUAAUUGUUCAUUCUUCUGAUAUCAGCUGGAGUUACCUUUUUAAAAAAGCAGACAUUCUUUUUGUAUUACAGAAAAUAAGUUACCUCUCAAAGCAGUCUUACAGACACAAACUGCUGGCAACCUCUUCUGCGCAGAAAGCCCCGUUGAAAUCAGUGGGAGUCUUGCAAAAGCAUGCCCCCCCAUUCAUUCCAAUGAGGACUGCAUAGGAGAAGUUCUUGGCAGGAUUGGGCUCCUAGUGGAUUUUGACCCAUCAUCUUCCGGUAAGUUGUCUUCCGGCAAGAGUUGUUGUUGCCAAGGAUUUUUUCACUUCUGUUUCCGUCUUCGGGAAGGGGUGGGGAUGCACAGCGGAGGGAACUGGGCUUGAAAUUAUUGUUCUGCUUUCCUUCAGCGGAUAACCAGUUAUUUUAAAUGCUUUGUGCAAAAUAUCCUACUUUUUACAAUUUUUUUUUUGUAAUGAGCACUACAUAUUGUCAAUGAGAAUGUCGGCUGUGGAAGCUUCUUGCUUUUGGACUUGAGCUUGGCUCCAUAGGGAGAAGGGGGGGGAAGCAAUCUCCUGUGUAAAAUGUGUGAAUAGUUUGAUAAUUUGUAUACAUAUUCAAGAGCAUAUGCUCAGAGCUGAACUUUGUGUUGGCUGCUGUAUAGUACAUGAACAAAUGUCAUGGGGUAGAAAAAUUACUUUGGAUAUUUAAAAGAAAAUAAAUAUAUAGUCUAUUU